GGGUGGUGUUCAAACAUAACCUGAAGAGUUUCCAUGUGAAAUCGAUUAAUCAAGUAGCACGAUUUCUGAGUUUCUCUUCGCAGCACUUUUUCGAGUAGGCCACUUCCUUUAUGCAAAGUGCAAGACACCACCAUCCCACGUGGUUCUGAAGCUGGUUGUCUCAAUGAUCGGAAACUAAGGCAAGGUCCGUGAAGACGACGAAGUCCCGGGGCCAGGGGCCAGUAGGUCAACCCGUCUUUGUUCUAGGGAUACGUUUGCAAGCGCUUACAUCCUUAUCUGGGAUUCUCUUUCGAUUUUCUUAUUGGCCAAGAAAAGAAAAAAUAAAGAAAGAAAAUUCAACGAAACAAUUUCUCAAACAUCUACGCGCUCACCCACCAUAUUAAAUUCAUUUACCACCCUGAAUUUCUUCUGCCUCACAAAGCUCAACUCUUCUUUCCUCCCUCCCUCUCAUGGCAGAAAAAGUCUUCUCUCUCUGGGUUUUCCUUCUACUCCUGCAUCCAGUAAAGCCAGCUGAUGUAGCUACACCCUUGUUGGACGGGUUUAGCAGCGGGUUCAGUGCUGCGGGCAACAACUUGACCUUAGACGGCGUUGCAGCGGUUGAGAGCAAUGGCGUACUUCAGCUAACAAACUACGACACGACCAUGGCACCCGGCCACGCGUUCUAUUCAAACCCAAUCCAAUUCAAGAACUCCAGCGGCGAAGUCAUGUCAUUCUCCACCUCCUUCGCUUUCGCUAUAAUCCCCCAGCCUGGGAAGCAAGGUGGCGAUGGCCUCGCUUUCGCAAUCUCUCCCGCAAAAGGGAUUCCUGGGGCUAAUGCGGGCUCUUAUAUUGCCCUCUUCAACUCCAGCAACGAUGGGAACUCCUCGAACCGCAUAUUAGCGGUCGAAUUCGACACUUACAUGAAUGCAGAGUACGGUGAAACCGAUAACAACCAUGUUGCCGUCGACAUCAAUAGCAUAAAAUCCAACAAAUCUGCUCAGGUCCCCUUUAAUUUGACGAGUGGUCAGGUAAUUCAGGCAUGGAUUAAUUAUAAUUCGCCUACAAAUCAAUUGGAUGUCAGGGUUGCGAUGGACUCUGCUAAACCCAGUUCUAUACUUUUGUCCGACAAAGUGAACCUCUCAGAAAUUCUUAAUGAAUCCAUGUACAUCGGAUUUUCUGCUGCUACUGGUUUGUUCACGAGCUCGCAUUAUAUCCUGGGUUGGAGCUUCAACAUGAAUGGAGAAGCUAAAUCUCUCAAUUUAUCUCAACUUCCUAAGAUCCAGCUCCCGUCUGCCACUGGGACCAAAAAGAAUCGUAAAGGCCUAAUUGUUGGCGUCUCUGUUUCAUGUGCUUUGGCUGUGAUUUUGCUUUCUGCUUUGACGUUUUACAUCGUCAGGAGAAAAAAGAUGGCUGAUGCGGUUGAGGACUGGGAGCAUAAUAUUGGUCCUCAUAGAUUUCCUUACGAGGAGCUGAAGAAAGCAACAAGGGGUUUCAAAGAGAAAGAGCUAAUUGGAUCUGGUGGAUUCGGUCGAGUUUACAAAGGAAUUCUUCCAAACUCAGAUACCCAAGUUGCUGUCAAGCGUAUUCCCCAGGAUUCAAAACGGGGUUUGCAAGCAUUUAUAUCUGAGGUUGCUACUAUCGGUCGUCUGCGUCAUAGAAAUUUGGUUCAAUUGUUGGGUUGGUGUCGCCGGGAAGCUGAUCUACUACUUGUGUAUGAAUUCAUGCCCAAUGGAAGCUUGGACAAUCACCUGUUUGAUGAGCCCAAAUCAAUCCUGAGCUGGGAACAAAGGUUCAAGAUCAUCAAAGGAGUGGCUUCAGGGCUUCUAUACUUGCACGAGGAGUGGGAAAAAACUGUAGUUCACAGAGACAUCAAGGCCGCAAAUGUUUUACUGGAUUCUGAGUUUAAUGCAAGGCUGAGCGAUUUUGGUCUUGCGAAGCUAUACGAGCACGGCUCCAACCCAAGCACCACGAGGGUGGUGGGGACGUUGGGGUAUAUGGCACCUGAGCUGACGCGCACAAGCAAGCCGACGACCAGCUCGGAUGUGUAUGCUUUCGGCGCUUUGUUGCUGGAAGUGGUAUGCGGUAGAAGACCCAUUAAUCCUACAGCGUCUUCUGAGGAGCUGAUGCUGGUGGACUGGGUUUGGGAGAAGUGGGCUGUAGGAGCAGUGCUUGAUGUUGUAGACGCGAGGAUGGAGGGGAAGUUUGAUGAGGCUGAGGCUGUUUUGGUGCUCAAACUGGGCUUGAUUUGUUCAAAUGAUGACGCCGACGUACGCCCUUCGAUGAGGAUGGUGGUGAGGUACUUGGAGGGCGAGCUGGAGCUGCGGGAGGAGGUGGCGAUGCCAUAUAAGAAAAAAGGUCGCGGUGAUGGUGGUGGUCGUAGUACCGUUGAGUUUGAGGAUUAUACACAAUCCUUUCCGACUACGUCGUCGGUGUAUGACGUUGGUGGAAGGCAUAUAGAAGAAUCGCCAUUAUGGUAGAGGUAGUAAAGAAGAUGAUGUUUGGAAAUGAACUUGUAGCGGAGAUGAAAAGCCUAAAAAUCAAUGACUGAGCAGCGGCCAAAAAUGUGAUUCGUGGGAAUUUGUUGCAUAGUUAUAGC